AUGGAGCAAAGUGAGCCGGAUGAUGCUGACUGUGAGGUUCUCAAAGACCAGCAGAUGGUGAGGUUGGCUGAUGGCGGCUAUGUGGAUGACACGGCCGUUGCAUUCAUCAUCAAGCACCUGCAGGACAAUGGUCUAGGUGAGGACUUCCGAAUCGUCCUGUUCAUGAACACUACAAGCGAGGGUGUGCAGAUGGGCAGCCACACCAUACCUCAGGCCAUUGCACGGCUUUUUGGAGAAUCCAAAAGGGGCUCCGACCUUGACAACUUCCCCGUGGUAGGCUCGGUCAGCUUUGAAACGGUGUCUGCACAUGUCUUCCAGAAGGCGGCUUGGGACAACGUCCAAGAGAAGUGGGCAAUCCCUGAAGAUUCGAAGCUCCGUUUACGGCACUUUGUACUGCAGGUGGAAACGGUUAAAAACCUAGCCUUCGGCAUCAAGGCAGGGGACCGGGGAGAACUCUUUAUCUUCAUAUCUGAACACUCCGGAGCCAGCAUCGUCCCUGUCACAGAUGACGACUUCCAGAAAUAUAAGGAGAUCUACACCAAGACUCGUAGCAUGAUGAAAGAGCGUCACGAGCGCGUCGAUUCCGUCCUCAAAGCUCUGGGAACCACAGCAGCAGCUGGCAGUGUGAAGGUCAAAGUUGCCUUUUCAGGUGGGGGCUGGCACAGUCAUACCUGCCAUUCAGCUUGGUUUGCAGCCAUGCUUGAUGCGCCUUGGGCGCCCAAGCUCAAGGAAAUCCUGUGGAAUGUCGAUGUGAUGGCUUCCAACUCCGGGGGCAGCUGGUUCUUGUCGAUGCUGGCCUUCUCCAAGGCCUUCUGCGACGCUUUGGAAGUCAAGACAAGCCGAGACCAGUGGGCCAUCUUAAGUCCGGACGCUGAUGCCACUGAUGCCAAUGGCUUCCUGGAGCAAACACGGAGGGCAUUUGGUGGCACCCUCUUCGAGGGCAACUUUUGGGGCUUGGCUCGGCUCUUUCGCUUGGCCAUGAGCUAUCGCUUCGACUGGCCUGCUGCGGUCAAAGGCUUGGUUUACGCGCCCUAUGACAUGAAGACCGAGUUGGAGAACGCGAGUCUCUCUGGGGCGUGCGUGGAUUGGGUGGAGGCUCCGGACAGCAAAACCCUCCUGUUUGCGACUUCGCUCAUGACUGAAGAUGUGGUACUUUGUCAGAACGGCCUGCUGAAGGACGAGCAGAUGUAUGAUGCGAAAGUUGAAGGGCAGAAGAUGUUCACGCCGGUGUUUUUUGCCCGCACUCCUUUGAAGCGAAGCCGUCCGCACUUCUUCUCCGUUGGAAAGGAGGUGGCGCUUGCCUACAAAAGCAACACUACUGUCACAUCUCAUCCGCGGGGCGAAAUUGCUGUGAAUCAGGAGGACAGGAGAGAUGGCCUUCGAGACAGCGCAGCCGGAGUCAAGGUCAUGGAUGCAGCCACGGCUUCAUCUGCAGCAGCGGCGCUGGUGGCGAGCACGAAGAUCUUUGACAUUCUUAUGCAGGCAAGCUUUCGGGGAGAGGAAGAGGCAACAGCCCUCCUUGCUGCAGCAGGAUGUGCAGGAUGUGAAAGCCCUGACGCAAAGCGGCAGAGGAUUCUUUAG